AUGAGAGAGCAAAAAGGACUUCUUACUUUUAAUGAAGAUCGAGAGUCUGUAUUUUUGAGCUAUUUACUACAUAUCGUGACUGAAAUCAUGGAUUUAAUUAGACCAACAAAAGAAACUUUAUUAAGUGAAAUAAUUACGAGAAAUCAGGAAGCAAUAUAUGAUUCAACUAAAAAACGGCCACUUGGUUGUUCAUCCAUACAAGAUUUACCACCUCACUUGGAUAAAUAUAAAACAACAUUUGGAAUGAUAUAUGAAAAAGGGGAUAGAGCCGGAGAUUUAAUAAACCCACCAAGAAAACGUAUUGAUAUUACAAAUGAAGAAUUAGAGAAUCAUCAACAUUAUCUCAUUUCGCAUAAACAUUUAUUCCCUGGUGAGCAGGCGCAUAGAAAUUAUAAAAAUUUUAAUGACAAACAAGUAUUUGGUAUGCAUACAAAUUGUGACCCACGUGGAAUACACGUAGGUCGAGCUAUGAAUUGGACGUUCAAUGAUUCUAACAACAAGAAUAUAGCCAUUAUGAACACAACACAAAUUGAUUACAAAAUGAAGCAUGAUGAUAUUUUGGGUAAAGUUAGAGAUCCAAUACGUGAUACAAUGAAAAUUUCAGAUGAUCAUAUAUUUGGGUUAAUUAAUAAAACUAAUGAUAUUACAGUUGGUCAGCUAUUACAUGGUUUAUUACCAAGAAAUAUAUCUGGAUUAUAUACUGACGACAGUAGAAUUGCUAAACAAAGUGAACUCAACAAGAAAAAAUACAUACAGUACAGUGAUAGGUUCAAAUUAACGAUGUCGGUUAUUCAUCAUGCUCUUAGAAAAGCACAUUACACACAUGGACCAGAAAUUAUCGCCACUCUUUGUCAACUAGCUAAUAAGUCGAAUCUUAUUCCAAUGAUUGAUGCACGUCAAAUUUUUAAUCACUUUCAAGUACCAUUAGAUGAAGAGUUAACAGAACAUUUAUUUGAUUUAAUCACAGUACCAGCAUCAAAUGAAAUGAUUGAACAUGUUAAAGAAUGUAUAAAGCAUAAUAAAGAGAACAAUAUAAAUAAUGAGAAACAUUAUCAUAUUGAGAAUGAUAUGAUUAAUUGGGCAAUUGAUUGGUGUAAAUUAAGUGAAUUAUUGAAUUGGAAUAAUGAUAAAUCUAUGCGAAAUUGCUGUUCUGGUUUUACUAUUAUUACUAGUAAUAAUAAUAAUAGUAUUGUUAAACCAGAAUGUUAUGAGGAUACUGAAAAUGUCCGCAAUCGUCUUCAACGUGCUAUUCAAGCAAAUAUUCAUCAUUGGACAACAACAAAUUCCAUAUAUACUGGUAAUCUUAAUGGAUUAAUUAAUACAGAUAAUUGGGAAAUUCUUGGUGAAAAAAGCCUUCAACUUGAUAAAUUAGUACCUAAGUUUCGUAGAAGUACUGAUCACGCACAUUACGGAGAUGAAGCUGGUGUUGGAUCAAUUAUAAGUCCAAGUAUAUUCACAGACUAUGGAUUAACUAACAGAGAUCUACUAACUCUACGUAAUAAACAAGAUACAUUGGAUCUGUUUACUCAAGCUAAUUUGCAUCAUUUAUUCAACACUUCCCUAAGUUUUGACAAAGUCUGGCAAAUGGCAUUGAGUUUCGAUAAGGCAUUGUUGGGGAAUAAACAGCCGAAAACAGACGACCAAGUUACUUUACAAUCAUUUAAAGAUGCGUUACUUAAACUUCAUAAGGAUUUGUAUCAGCAAGAAGAUCGGUCGUCAAUACAUACGGGAAAGUGAUGUUAGUUAAUGAUGUAUUAUUAUUAUCAUUAUACAGCAACUAAGAACCUACAGAUCAUUAAUUCAUAGUAAGUUGCUGUAUUCAGGUAACAAUUCAGUGGGUGAAAUAUAUACU